AGGUGAAAAACCAGCCGCCCCCCGAGAGCAGGGAAAGAGGGGCCGGUGCACCGCCAGCUCCCGCCCGCCCCGAGGGGAACGGGGGCUGGGAGGAAUGUGCUGAGCCGGGCGCGGGGGGGGGGGGGGGUCCCGGCUCCUGCCUUCGCUUCUUCUUUUCGUGUGUGCAGAAGUCCGAGCAGCAAAUCUCUGUUUCCUCCUCUUGUUUUGCGCGGUGCGAUGUAGGGAUUUCCUCUCCCCUCCCCCCAGCCCGGUUGGCUUCUGCAGCUGCAGCGGGGACGUUACUUUGUCUUGAUCCCAGCAGACCCGGCCGGCUGCCAGGGCGAGGGCGCGAGCUCCGGGCCGGGGGAGCCGAGGGGCAUGUAGCCGGGGCGAUGCGCGCCGCAGCCGCACCAUUUGCAUUUGCCAAGGCGGCCGAGCAGGAAGAAACGGGAGUUACCCCGGCCCGCGCCGCGCACCAGGCAGGGCCCGGCCGCCGGCGGCUCCGCUCCUCUCCCGGGGAAGGGGGAACAUGCGACUCGGCCCCAAGAAACCCAAACCCCGCCAGGCAGGUAGGGGACCCUGGCACCGGAGCAAAAUCAUAAAAUAAUCCCAGCCGAGCCGGCCCCAGGACGCAGCUUCCAGCUCCGCCGUGGAAAAAUCCGGGAUCCGGCACCAAAACCCCCCAAGAGCAGCAGUUUCCGCUUUCGGGAGAGUGAGCGGACGCAUCAAAGCAGCAGCCCCCCGAAAUUGCCCUGCGUCCGAGGCGUGUUCCACCGGCCCGCGCUGCACGCCGGCUUCGGGGUCUCCAGCGGCCCCGGGCUCUGCCCUGCCCUGGAUUUGGGCUUAUCCCGCAGAUCCGGCCCGGGAGGCGGCGACCUGGCGAGGAUGAGCCGGGACGCCAGGAGCAGAAGCGGGGCCCGAGCCCGCCGGAGCCCUGAAGGACGAGCGCUGCCCCGCUGAGACACCGCCGCUCGCCCGCCCGCCGGGGUGCGUGCAGCGGGCCCCGGCAUGGAGGGCCGCGAGUUCGCGCCCCCGCCUCACCUCCUCGCCGAGCGCGGCAGCGUGGGCCACCGCAGCAGCGCCGGCCGCCUGGCCGCGUCCGGCCACAGCCCCGUGCAGCACCCGGGCCACUUCCAGCCGGGCAAGUUCUUCCCCGCGCCCAUCUCCAUGGCGGCGCACACAGCAGGGAGUGGAUUGAUGGGGAACACGCCUGCCUCGUCCUUCAUGGGCAGCUUCCUCACCAGCAGCCUGGGCUCGGCCGCCCCCACGCAUCCCACGGGCCCCGCCUCGUCCCCCUCGGAGCCGGCCUACCGGGGCCCACACUCCGGCACCUCCCAGAUCUGGUUCUCACACUCCCACGAAGCUCCGGGGUACCCCAGGUUCUCGGGGAGUCUGGCCUCCACCUUCCUUCCCAUGAGCCAUUUGGAUCACCAUGGAAACAGCAACGUCCUCUACGGCCAGCAUCGGUUCUACGAAAGCCAGAAAGAUAACUUCUACCUGCGGAACCUGCCAGCCCAGCCCACCCUGCUGUCAGCCAACCACAACUUCCCCAGCAUUGCCCGGGCAGCCCCCGGCCACCCCAUUGGGUCCUGCAGCCGUGACCGCGAGGCCAGCCACGGGCUGAAGAGCCACAAGGAAUACGACCGCUACCUCCUGGCCAAGGAGAAGGCGGGCAAGGGGGAGGCCAAGGAGAGGCCGGCGGAGGAGGACGUGAAGGAGCGGCACAAGUUGGUGCUGCCCAUGACGCCCGAGGGGCACUGCAAGGAGGGGGUUCACCAGAGGAGCUCGUGCGAGAACCGGGCCAAGCACCUCAACUCCUGCCUCCUGAGCUCCAAAAUGCUCAAUGGUGACGCCCACAAGGCCGUGCUGCCCAGCUGCACGGGCGGUGCCCUGCCCCGGCACGCCGGCACCGCCAUGGCCCAGAGCCGCUGCCCCAAGGACGUGCUGAGGUCGGAGCGGGAGCUGGCUCCCCACGAGUCGCCCCAGCCCUACAGCGAGUGCCUGGAGCGGCGCCAGAUGCUGCACCACUCGGUCUCCUACACCGUCCCGUCCAGCCUGCCCGCCAUCCCGCCCCCACUCAGCACCUCGGCCGCCACCUUCCCCUGCCUGCAGCUCCACUCCAGCCCCGACGGGCUGUGCCCCUUGCAGGACAAAGCCGGGCGCGAGUUGAAGCUCAGCGGGGCCACGUUCGUGCCGUCGGUGGGACACUUAACCGACAAGAGCCGGUCUUUCCAGGUGGCGUCCGAGGCCUGCAGCCUGGAGCGCGGCGAGGCCAAGGAAAGGCACGAGAUGGGCUCGGAGCACACGGGCGCCUACAGCAACUCCUUCCACCAUCUCAAGGUGGAGGGCAAGGCGGAGCGGAGGCUGGAGUGGGCGCAGGGCUCCAACGCCCGGCUGAAAGGCCUGGAGUACCUGAACAGCGGCGGCUCCGAGGCCCCCUUCCCCAGCCUGCCCCAGGCACCCAAGGGUGGCCUGGAGAAAGGCAGCUACUUCGAGGUGGCGCCGUCUCAGGACUGCUCCCGCGCCAGCCACCAGGACGCCCUGUGCGUCAAACUCAGCCAGUCCUGCUGCACUUUAGACAAGGGCUCCAAGGAGUGCCAGGGCCAGAGCACACAGAAGGUGGCGCGGAUACGGCACCAGCAGCACGUGCCCCCGGAGCUGGAGCUGGCGGGGAGCGGCUCCGAGGCCAGGAGGAAGUCGAUGGGCUACAACGGAGCCCCCCUGCCCCCCUGGGGCAUGCAGGGGCAGGGCGCGCCCAUGCCCAUGGGCGAGGAGAGGAAGAGCUCCUAUCUCGACCCCUUCAGCACCAGUUUGCAGCAGGCUGCAUUGAUGACUCAGGGCUCGGUGCUGAGCCAGGAUAUGCAGAGCCCCCCUGACGAGGUGUCGGCCAUGAAGAACCUGCUGAAAUACAGCAACCAAGCACUUAUCGUGGGGCAGAAGGCUCCCUUCGUGGGGCUGGGCACCCUCAAGGGCAGCUGCGCCCAGCAGGACGGGAAAUUCCCGGUGGGGAAAGGGCAGCAGGAGCUGGAACGGCCGGACUGUGCCCGCAGCAGAGACCACGAGCUGGCCCACGGGGAGGGCGAGGUGCGGCAGCCGCCCGUGGGCAUCGCAGUGGCGGUGGCGCGACAGAAGGACACACUGAGCCGGCCGGAGCCCUCGUACGGCGCCAACUCCAGCCGGCAGGGCCGGGCGACCAUGGGCCUGAAAGCCGGCUCAGCACGACCCAUGCACGUCAUUGACCUGGAGGCGGAGGAGGAGCGGAGCCGCCUGUGCGAGGAGCGACUGGGGAUCACGGGCCGAGAGCUUCUUCUCCAGGAGAACAAAGACCUCGUGGACUUUGCCAGGAUCCACCCAUCCAGCGGCUGCCCGGGCGAUCUCACCCCCCACCUCAUGAUUGCAGGCGGCUCCUCCCUCCAGGCCGGCCAGUUGGGUGGGGACCCCGCAGCCCACGCACACCCGGCCCACACGCACUGGCUGCCCCGGACGCGCAGCCCCUCCAUCUGGAUGGGGGGACACUCAUAUGGCAUCAGCCACCCGGCCUUGCAUCAGAACCUGCCGCCCGGCUUCCCCGCCUCCAUGCCCAGCACCAUGCAGUCCGUGUUCCCCCUUCCCCAGGACCCCCCAGCGCAGCUGGUCAUCCUGCCCACAGAGCCGUCAGCCCACGGCGCCCCCCACACGCUGGCUGAUGUUAUGGACCAGGCCUCGCUGUGGCCGCCCAUGUACCCGGGCCGGGGCCCCAGCUCCCACCUGCAGCACGCGGGCCAGCUCCCCGUCUACUCGCGCUCGCAGUUCCUCCGGCAGCAGGAGCUCUACGCCCUGCAGCAGCAGCAGCGGGCGGCCCAAGCCCUGGAGCUGCAGAGGCAGUCGCAGAUCCAGCGGAAGGCGGAGGAGCAGCCUGGCGAGCUGGAGGAGCCAGGCCACGAGAAGCCCCUCAAGCCGUCCCACAAACCAGUUGCCUUAACGCCCCCCACCAAGGGCCUCUCCUCGGCGGCCCCCUGCCCUGCCAAGCUCUCACCCUGCUGCCACUCGCCCGCCCUGCGGCACCCAUCAAAAUGCCCCUCGGCGCAUCCUGCCGCCCCCUGCACUUUACCCGUCUGCCCGGCGCCCAGCUCGGCCAUUGCCCCGCGCUCCCCGCCCGCCAGCCCCAGCCCCUCGCCCAGCAACAAGGGCAACGAAGCAGAAGACAAGCGGGUGGAGGGGCAGCCACCCAGGGGCUACCCCAAGUCGCUGGAACCAGACCUGCCGCCUGGAUACAGCUACCCCGCCGUCAGCAUGGGCUACUCCUCGCCGCUGGCCGUGCACGCCGCUGAGCCGGCCGACCCCGACACGAUGCAAAGCGUCUCCCCGGCGGCCGAGCCCGAGCAGUCCCGGACGUUCCCUCCCACGGAGGAGCCGUGCCAUGCCAGCGCCACGCUAGAGGAGGCUGGGCGGGCGGCGCAGGGUGCCACGGCCGAGCCCAAGGCCCAGGCUGCCAUGGGCCAGCAUCUCCAUCACCACCUCCUCCUCCUCCCCCCGGGGCAGGCCUCCGGGGAGCUGGUGGGGGCAGCGUCAGGGCGGGGCCCGGUGGCGGAGCUGGGAGAGAUGCCCUACGGCCCAAUGCUGGGGGGGCCCAGCUUGGCCUCGGCUCAGGGAGCUCCGGAGGAGAGCGGGGGCCUGGAGGAGCAGCCGGGGGCAGCGCAGCUCACGGGGGCACAGGCAGGCCCCACCCCGAAGGCCUCGGAGGAUGCAGCCGGGGAGGAGCACGCGGCGGGGCGGGAGGCCGGCUGCGAAGAGGAGCAGGAAGGCGACUCCCUGAGCCUCCUGCGGGCGGGCAGCGGCCUCCAGGGCUCUCUGAGCGGGCUGGACGCACUGAUCAUCGCGGGCAUCGACCUGGGAGACCUCCCGGCCCUGAGCCCACCCAGCGUGGCCCCCCCAGCGGCUCCCCCCUCGCCCUGUCCAUGCAGCUCAGGGAUCACCCUGCUCAGCGAGCUGGCCGACCUGGAGCUCCAGCGGCAGAGGUGUGAUGCGGCGGUGGGAGCAGAGGACGAAGACUUGGUGGCCGUUAACCUUCGGAACCUGGCGACCAUUGCUGCCCUGGUGGAGGCGGCCAGUGAAGAGAGCAGCCCUCCCUGCCUCAGCCCCCUGGCGACCCCCCUGACCCCCCGCACGCGGGGCCUGCGACGGAAAUAUACCUGGACCCCCAAACCCAAACCCGUCUGCCCCCUGAAGGCCGCCAUUGAGCAGCUGGACACGCAGGAGGUGGAGAUGCGGCUGCGGCUGGCGGAGCUGCAGCGCCGCUACAAGGAGAAACAGCGGGAGCUGGUGAAACUGCAGCGACGGCAUGACCAUGAGCACGACGAGAGCUCGCGGAGUCCGGCGCGGCGCGGCCCGGGGCGGCCGAGGAAACGGAAGCACUCCAGCACCCUCGGCACCUUGCGGCAGAACAACGCGCUCAGCAGGGCUGACGGCAGGAAAGUCAAGGCCGUGAAGACCAGCCUGUCCCUCCUGUGCUCGGAGCUGCGGAGUGACGGCGAGCCCAAGAAGAAGCGGAGCAGGAUCGCUGAGGCGACCUACAGCAGCCUCAAGGGCGCCCAGGACAAGGUGCGGUGCAAGAAAAGCAGCUCCCAGAGCAAACUCGCUGCCAAGGCGGCUCACAAGGUCUCCCAGCUGAAGCAGAAAGUGAAGAGCAAAGGGCUCCCAGCGGGCAUCAGCCCCUUCCGCAGGAAAGAGCCCAGCCCCGGCAGCAGGAUCCAGAAGAAACUCUCCAGGGCCAAGAGCGCCAAAGCCGCGGCCUCCACCAAGUACCCGCAGCAGGACCUGGCCAGCCGGGAGACUGCUCACUUCAAAGCCACGCCCAGCGCGGGGGCAGCCGGCGCAGCCCUUUGGUCCGGCAGAACAAAGAGAGGGGCCCGCCUGGGCAGGAUGCAGGAAGGAGGAAGCUGGAGCAGGAAGCGCUCGCUGCGAAGGAGCAGGAGGUGCCAUCCCCGGGGAGCGUCCUCCCCAGACGCAGACUACGAGAGCGAGGACGGUGCCGCCCUGUCGCCCGACGAGACCCUGCCUCCCUCGGUGCCCCCCGCCGUGGUCGGGCCCUCCCCAUCCUCGGUGGUGAAGAUGGAGGCCAAUCAGAAGGCGAAGAAGAAAAAGGAAAGGCAGGGGUUGCUAGGGCCUUGUCGAAUCUCCAGCCCAGAGGGCGAAGUCAAGAUCAAGCGGCGCCCGGGGAAGCCUGGCGCGGGGAAGCUGGAGAAAGUGCCCGCCAGGAGGAAGACAGGGGGCUGCGAGGGGGUUGCUAAGAAGAAGCUGAAGGGGAAGCCCAAGGAGAGCCUGCGGCAGCUGGUGAAAUCCGGCACAGGCAGCCUGGCAGCCAGCAACAGCCCCUUCCCCGGCACCGACUCCAGACAGUUCACACCCAGGGAGGAUGGGGCCAAGAUUUCCAGCGAGCGCUUGAAGAAAGCCACCCGCAAGACCAAGGUGCUGCAGUCGGCCCUGCGGCGGAAGAAUGGGGCGCUGGCCCUGGCCCUCUCUCCCAGGAAUGCCAAGGCCAUCCUCAGCAAAGGCAAGAAGCUGGGCAAGGUGAAGAGCAAGGUGGCCACCAAACAGUGCAAGGGGCGGGCAGUCAGCAAGCUGCUGGAGAGCUUCACCGUGGAAGACGACUUCGAGUUUGACGACAACAGCAGCUUCUCAGAAGAGGAGGAGAGCCCUCGGCUGGGGGCUGAGCAAGGCGCAGCCCACGCGCACUCCUGUACUAUCCGCAAGGAGGACCUGCGGGACGGCCUGCACGUGCUCAUCCCCAAGGAGGACAGUCUGCUGUAUGCCGGCAGCGUCAAGACCCUGCAGCCUCCGGACAUCUACAGCGUUGUCAUCGAGGGGGAGAGAGGAAACCGCCAGCGGAUCUACUCCCUGGAGCAGCUCCUGCAGGAAGCCGUGCUGGACGUCAGACCCCAGUCCAGCCACCACCUCCCGCCAGGCGCCAGGGUGUGCGCGUACUGGAGCCAGAAAUCCCGCUGCCUCUACCCGGGGAACGUUGUGCGAGGUCCCUCCAGCGAUGAGGAGGAGGAGGACCUGGACUCGGUGGUGGUGGAGUUUGACGACGGGGACACAGGCCACAUCUCGGUGUCCAACAUCCGCCUGCUGCCACCGGACUACCAGAUCCAGUGCACAGAGCCCUCCCCCGCCCUGCUGGUAUCCAGCACAUGCCGGCGGACGAAGCGGUCUUCCAGCGAUGCCCCCCCGCCCAGCGAGGCGGUCCCCAGCCUGUGUGUGGACGGGCGUGAGAGUGCCGAGCCAGCCAAGAACUCCAGCAAGAAGGCCGCUGGCAAAGAGAAAGCCGGUAAAGCCGAUGUGCUGGCCAUGGGUGCCAAGGCGCUGCCGCCGGCUGAUCACUUCCUGGGCCGGCGUGGCAGCCCCCUGCUGAGCUGGUCGGCGGUGGCCCAGACCAAGCGGAAGGCGGCCAGCAAGAACCCAGCCGUGCUGCAGAACCUCUUCCAGCUCAACGGCAGCAGCAAGAAACUGCGGGCCAAAGAGGCGCUUUUCCCCGUGCACAGCGUGGCCACCCCCAUCUUCGGCAACGGCUUCGGUGCCGACUCCUUCAGCAGAAUCGCCAGCUCCUACGCCUCUUUCGGUGCUGGCGCCGGCCUGGUUCUGCCCGGUGCCCAGAAGCUCUUGCGGGCCAAGAAGGUGGAGAGGCUGGAGGCGGAGGUGGGCAAGGGGGGCAGGAGGAAGUCGGGCAGCGAGUACCUGGUCAAGCUGGACCAUGAAGGUGUGACGUCCCCCAAGAACAAGAACUGCAAGGCCCUGCUGAUGAGCGAGAAGGACUUUGGGCCCAAGCUGGAGCGGCCCCUGCCCAGCCAUGGCUACGCCCACCCAGCUUUGGUGGGCAAGGACAAAAAGGGGCGGGCCCCCAUACAUCAGCUGCCCAUGGGGCUGGCGCUGCGCAAGUACUCAGGCCAGGCCGACUACGCCCUGAACUGUGACAGCGACUGCCACAGCUCCUACUCCGACAUGGACGAGGACGAGGAGGCCAGCGGGCUGGGCGCCAACGUGCCCUCGCGCUUCAUAACGCGCCUCUCGGUCUCCUCCUCCUCCUCCGGCUCCUCCACCUCUUCCUCCUCCGGCUCCAUUUCCACCUCCAGCCUGUGCUCCUCCGACAACGAGGACUCCUCCUACAGCUCCGAUGACGAGGAUUCCACCCUGCUGCUGCAGACCUGCCUCACCCACCCCGUGCCCACCCUGCUGGCACAGUCCCAGGCCCUGCACUCCAAGAGCAGCGCCCCGCAGAGGUGCUUCAUCGCCAAGGCUGCCGCCGCCAGCGCCAAGGCCAAGCUGAAGCGCAAGGAGGCCCUGAGCUUCUCCAAAGCCAAAGAGUUCUCCCGGAGGCAGCGGCUGCCGUCGGUGGAAAAUCGGCCAAAGAUCUCCGCUUUCCUGCCGGCGCGGCAGCUCUGGAAGUGGUCGGGGAACCCCACGCAGAGAAGGGGCAUGAAAGGCAAGGCCCGGAAGCUGUUCUACAAGGCCAUCGUGCGGGGCAAGGAGACGCUGCGCAUCGGUGACUGUGCCGUGUUCCUCUCGGCCGGCCGGCCCAACCUGCCCUACAUCGGGCGCAUCGAGAGCAUGUGGGAGUCGUGGGGCAGCAACAUGGUGGUGAAGGUGAAGUGGUUCUACCACCCCGAGGAGACCAAGCUGGGCAAGCGGCAGAGCGACGGCAAGAACGCGCUGUACCAGUCGUGCCACGAGGACGAGAACGACGUGCAGACCAUCUCGCACAAGUGCCAGGUGGUGGGGCGGGAGCACUACGAGCAGCUGACCAGGAGCAAGAAGUACCAGGACCGCCAGGACCUCUAUUACCUAGCGGGGACUUACGACCCCACCACGGGCCGGCUGGUGACUGCCGACGGCGUCCCCAUUCUGUGCUGACCCCGUCAGGGGCGAACCAACCACCCCCCGGCCACUCACCGGCAAACACGCAGGGGAAAGGAGCCGGGAACCGGGGCCAGGAGUGGCCGGGCACCCUGGGGCCUUUUGCCUCCCUCUGUGGGUGGGCUGGCCAACGGAAGGGCUGCGCUGACAUCGGGGAAGCUCUCCCAGCAGCACCACCUCUGCCCGUUGGAGCCAGGCCCGGUAAUUAUGCAAACCCCCGCCCCCCAGCGGCACGACCCCGGCAGCUCCCGCGGAGCAGCGACCCGGAUCCCGGCCGCAGGGCAGAGCCAGCCUGGCUCACCAGAGACCUGCACACAGAGCUCUCCUUCCCGUUGGCAGGCACGGAGAGAUUUGAAUUCAAGCCAUACUGUCCCUAGUACCUCGGACUGUUUGCCAGCAGGUAAAGCAGAAAUCAGGUGUAUUAUUCUAUUUAUUUCUCGUGUAAAUAUUGUAUUUCUUCCGGGAAGUUUUAUGGAAACAGAGAAACCGACAGACAAAUGGGGGGCGGGGGGGGUUGCAAUGCACUGUUUGCCCCCAGCCUGGCUGAGGCCGAGGACAGCUGGGGUUUUUUGUACAUAGGGAGGGAGCAGGGAGGGCCCCGGCGCGCUCACCCCGCUGAUGGGACAGCGCCCGCCUGGCCGGACUGUGUAAUAUAGACCCCCUGGGGUGCGCUCCCUCGGUCCUUCGGUGUAUUAUUAUUAUUCUUAUUCUGAUGCUAGUGACCCCGGCGCUCUGUCGGGGGGCACGUGCCCUGUGACGGGGGAUCAGAGAGAGUAUAUAUAUUAUUAUAAACUUGGGCAGUGAGGCCAGGCCACGCUCGGCAGGGAGCGCACCGCCCGAGCUAGCUUCCCUUGGGAACCAAACACGCCCGCCACGCACACGCAUGCAGCCGCCACACGCACAGACCUGCCGCUCCUGCAUGCACCCACGCCCCACACAAGCAGGAGACAGAGCCGGGCUAGGCGUCUCCCUGUGGCUCCCAGCCGCGCCAGGACCCUGGUUAAAGGACGUGGGUGGAUGUGUGCAGACGGUGGGGGGGGGGGCAUUCGCAUGUGGACGUGGGCACACGGAGGGGUGGGCACGUGGAGCGGUGCGCGGGUACUGAAAGGACAAAGCGCAGGGGUGCCUGGCAGCACCGUACCCCCUCUCAGUUGAGGCCGGGCAGCCCCAAGCCUCUUUUCUGAAUCCCAUUAAUCCAUUAAACCAAACUAACCCAGACCCUCUCAGGAGAAGACAUAGGGGCCUGGCCGGAGCCAGCGCUGCCCAAGGGCCGUGGCUGCCCCGAUGCCCUGGUCUGGGGCCCAGCUGGAGCCGAGAUGUCUCUUUCCCCUUUGAGUGCCCUCGGGCCUGCAGCUCUGGCAGUGGGGCUCAGCAACCCCCCAGCAACCCCCCAGCCGGGCUGCUCACGCAGGGCAAUUGGGGCUUUUCUGAAAGCAGAACCCAGUGAGAAGGUGCCCAGGCAGGUGGGGCUGAGUCAGCCGGGAGCAGGUAUGGCACCCUGCUUAGAUCCCAUUGCCCUGGCAUGCCGAGUUAGCCAGAGGGGCAGUGGGUGGCUUCCUGCAGUCAAACCAAAGCACCACCACCCUGCUCACCCACCCCCACGGGGGCUACGCUGGGAACCGGCUGGGACACUCAGGAGCAGGCCCCUGCCGUGGCCGGCCCCUGCGCCUGCUCUGUGGGGGUGAUGUGCAGACAUCCCAGCUCUCCCACCGAGGGGCUGCCAGAAUGUCUCCUACUCCCCCCAUGACAGCCCUGCCCUACAGGGAGGUGGCACCCACUGGGCAUACUACUGGGCUCCGUGUGGCCCAUGCCAGCUCGGGGUAGCAUGGCCCCACUGAGCGGGUUGGGCACCCCCAACCAAGGACCAGACAUCCCCAAGCCCCCGUGCUGCCCCAGGGCCUGGCAGUCUUCCCAACUCCCAGGGCCACAGCAGGGGCUGAUGUAAUAUGUUCUGAGGUGCCCCCGCAACCCCCACUCUCCCAAUACUUUGCUGUCUGUGGUUUCUGCCCACUCCAGUCGGGGACCCGUGCCCUCACUGGGGCAGGGGGACGCUGGCUCGUCCCAGCCCCCCCUAAAGCUCCAGAUAGAUGAGAAAGGAGCCUCCCCUCCCCCCGGUGGUCUCAGAGUAACCCAGAUUCCUGAUGAGCGCGCGAGACGCCCCCCCGGACCCUCCCCUUCGAGUGGCCGUGCCCCCCUCCCCGUGGCCGCGCUAUGCUGUAAAUGUGUAAAGGGCCGUUCUGCGCCGAGGGGAGGGUUUUUUUCAAUGUAAACACUAAAAAACUACAACAAAAAAAGGGGGAAACACCCCAGUUUUCUGAACAGCAGACGAUGUAAAGGCCUUUUAGUAUGGAACUUUUCUAUCGAUAACUUGGCUUAUGAAUAAAUAUAUGAAACCUU